AGCCCUUCACUUGUUGUUGCUCAGCUAAUGUUAGCUAACGUAGCUUUUUCUCACCAUCCUACGGCAGUUUAAGAGGAGCAACAUUAUGCUACUAGCUAAUACAGGAACUAGACAGUAACGUCAGUUAUUAUUUCCAGGAAAGUUGUCAGCACUAGAAAAGGAACUACAUGGGGCUUUUUUUAAUCGGAGUGUCAGUUUUUGUUUUGAUGUUGACCGUUACAGUAGACGUUAAAUCCUAACAAAAGUAACGUAGGUUAAGUUAGUGCCGAACUUGCGAGUAGCUUACGUGUGUACCUGUUUGCUAAAUUUGAAGAUGAGCUAACGUUAGCCUAUGCCCGACCAGUUGGCUGUCAUACGAACAGUGCUGGGAAUGCAGCCACCGCUCCCACCUGAGGCGGUCAGAGAGCUGGUGUGCUCCUGUCUGCACAGAGACCCAGUAGCAGCAGACCUCCGCUGCAGCCUGUUUGUUGCUGCUGCACAGAACUACAAGAGGGACUCUUUGCUCAGACCCUUCCCGCCUAGAUACAUAAGUGGUGACAGUAAGGACUUUGAGGAGCUGUUGGCAGAUGUGAACUCUUUGCCGGGCGUGAGAGAGUUGGUGAGACUACGACCCAGACAGGGAAAUCAUCACCUGGCUCUCACACACUGGAUUCUCUCCUCAAAAAGCUUUGCUGUGAAGACACUCCAGAAAGAAGAGUAUGCCAAACUUUGUAACCUUACGGAAAAUGAAGGGAUUUCUGCGCCAGUGCCAGACUUCCUGUUUGAGCUGGAGUACUGCGAUCAGAUGAACGCCAGGUUUGAGAAGACGAGGGCAGGCAGAGACGUCUUCUAUGCGUUCCACGGGAGCCGCCUAGAAAACUUUCACUCUAUCAUUCACAAUGGGUUGCACUGUCACCUCAACAAGAACUCAGUGUUUGGAGAGGGGACCUACCUCACCAGUGACCUCAGCAUGGCUGUCCUCUAUAGUCCACACAGCAGCGGCUGGCGAGAAAGCCUCCUAGGUCCACUGCUCAGCUGUGUUGCCUUGUGUGAAGUCAUCGAUCACCCAGAUGUUAAGUGCCAAGUGAAGAAAAAAGAUUCGGAAAUCAUUGACCGUCAGCGCUCAAGAGCAAAGAACAGCGAAGGAGGGGAAGUACCGCAGAAGUACUUUGUAGUCACCAACAAUCAGCUUUUGCGAGUCAAGUACCUGCUUGUUUACUCUCAAAGGAGGCACCUGUCCAGACAUUCCCGCAGCACCUCCUGGCUCCUCAGACACCAUUUUGCCAUCAUGAUGAGCCUCUAUAUUCUGCUGCUCAUAUUCAUCGGUGCCUUCAACUCCACCACCUUCGUUUCCUUUUGGAACAGACUGUUUAGGUGAUAAUGCAAUGGGACAAAUGGCCUGGAUGUUUGUAGUCCACAGUGCCUUCCUGAGCAGAGACUGACUGGAGGCAGUUUUAUGCACCUUUUAUACAGUUUUCUCUCUACAAUCAUUGUUUUCUUUAUAUGUACAAAUAACUAAAAUUACUGUUAUUCCAAUUUUUCAAAUAGCAGCUAGUGAGAUCCUGUUGUGUAUUCAUGUUCAUAUUUGAUAUUGGUAAUAAGACCAUUCUUCUAAAUGAUGAUUUAAAUGAAACUUUAAGGUAUUGAAUAUAAUAAUUAGGUUUAAUGAAGGAAAAAAUCUAUGAGGUAAUUUUUGCUGACAUACUGUAUUUCUAAUGAUGGAUCACCGAAAGGCUACUGAUAAAUGUAUUGCAGUAAAGAAGUAAGCUGGAUGUUCUCUUAAAGGCAGCAGGUCCUUAGUUAAAAGUUUUGACGCUAAUAAAAUUAUUCUUUUGAUACUUGG